ACCCUGCCCACCCAAAGGUGAGCUUAAGUCAAGGUUGUAAGCUUCUUUAGCUAAGCCAUCAGCUUCAACAUUGCUGGAACAAAAAAUGUAAUAAAAGGAUAUGGAAACAAAGGAUAUGGAAACCCCACAUCAAUAUAAUAUUCGGGUUUAGAUCAUUGGAGUGGUUCGGUCGACUAGUACAUCACAGAACCGGUCUUGAACGAAAAUGAAGGAAGUUUGGGUUUCCGGCCCUCUUUUGUAUAAAUAAUAGUAAUAUAGCAGUUCUAAGAUUUGUAAUAUUUCCCUCUUAUUUAUGUUGUUUAAAUUAUAUCUUUUUUUUUGUUUAAAUUAUAUCUCUAUUUUACUAAUGGCUUUAUUUUUUAUAUUUUUUGCUUCCGGUCUAGUAUUCUAAGGACCAGCACUAGGUUCAUGUUUCUUUGGUAGUACACGAUCCUCGCUUGUAUUCAGAAAUUUCAUAGAGACAAUGGUUACUUAUUCCGCAUGCUAAACAGUAUUGGUGGCUAUUCUAAUAUAUUUUAUCUUGGAAAGAUAUUUGGAGGAUUAAAACCCACUAGAAGACUGGGAAGUUUAUUCUUCAUCUUUUGGAUGCAUGACAAUAUAGCACCAUAGUUAUAAAGCGUCUACUUGAAUCAACACAAUAAUAACACAAGUGCUUCUCAAGAAGUUGACACAUCAGCAUUUUAGAGUGUUGUGGAGUUGACAACUCAAUUAAUGAAAAAACUGUGCUUCCAAUGAAAACAAAAGAAACUGAAACGUCACUUUUACAUCAAACAUUUUCAUUUAUUCGUUUUAUUUACGUUCAUAACACUGAUAAAGUCAAAGAAAAUUAAUAUCUAACAACUACAUUCCCAAAGUGCUGGUUAAUCUCUUUUCUUUUAUAUACUAAGUCUUUCAUAAUUUCCUCACUGAAUCUAUUUGUUUACGGUCCUCUACAUGUUAGAAGUCACGUUCUUGUGACAGUUGUGCACAAACCAACUCAUAUUUCUCGACGAGAUUGGUGAGCAAGACAACGAUGUCUGACAAAACAUGUUGUUGUGUUCACAUCCACUAUCAUGAGUAAGAUUUUGGCUUGUCCCAGCGUCUUAAAGGCCGUCGCCACUAAAGAUCUGAUUGUGAAAGGAAAUAGAGUUGAUGAUGUGGUGCUUAACAGGCUCUUGUGUCAAUGAACCACAACACAGUCUACAUCAAAAAUCUAUUUGUUUCUGACUGCUGCUCUUUUUUCUGUUCUGUAGAAACAGGUUCUGGCACAGUGAGCAAUUGACUAGAAUUUUUAUAUAAGCUUCGUGUGAUCUGCCUUUAUGCUUGUUAAAGGAGAUGAAGAUGAAGAUUUAAAGGAUUUUUCGGUCACAUAAAGUUUAGUAGAAAGUCAAUACAUGUAUAUACUUGAUAGAUGAAGGUUUUAUUUUUCUUAAGAUUUUACCAUCAUUUAUUCGUUCGUUAAAGCAACUCAUCCAAAAAAACACUAUAUGGUCAUGGAACCAAUUCAAAGAACACAUUUGACUGGUCAUUUUUACAACUUUAUAACCCUUUAAAUUUGUCAAACGUAGGGUGAUUAGGUUAUGGUGUUUCAAAAUUCAACAAUUGUCUACCAAGAGAAAUUUGUUAUGCAUAUUAAUAAAAUCAGGAAUGUGUGGACAGCAUCUUUUUGCUCAGCUUAUAUAUUUUGUAAUUACUAAUGCAAGUGAAACCAUAAACGUUAAUAUUUUUCAUAUCUAUUUAAUAUUAUUUAAGAAAUUAUUUUAACGCAAUUUAAUAUUUGAAGUUUCAGCAUUUAAAGUAUAUUAAAAUAUUAUUUUGAGAUAAACACAUAAUAUUACUCCCUCCUUUUUUUUUAAUAUAAGUCGUUUUAGAGAAAUUUUUAUGUUUCAAAUUAUAUGACGUUUUCGGUUUUCUAUGUAAAUUUUAUUAACAUUUAAUGUUAUAUGACUAAUGAUAAUAUACUUUCUAUUUUAUUAUUGGUUGAUUUAUGGUUAGAUAAAUAAUGAUAUUUUUAUUUAAAAAAUAUAAAAAUUAAUGAUUUUCUUAAUCUAUGUGCAUACUUCUAAAACGACUUAUAUUAAAAAACGGAGGGAGUAGCAAUGUUUACGAUUGAAUCGUAUGUACGAUGAUAAUGAAUUGAGUUAAGACAAAAGGAAGGAGAACACCUGGAAAGUGGUCAAAGAAAAAGUGGAAGAUGAACGACAGUAAAUUAAAAAAUAGAUUAAACAUAUAUGAUAUAGGAAUAUGAUACAUUGUCAUUUCAUAGAAAUACAAUGACACUAUUAGAGGACUAAAAAUGAAAAAAAAAACAUAAGAAUUAUGAGAAAUCUUCGCUUUGGACCAAUGUUAAAAUAAUGUUAAAAUAAAAGUAAGAAGUUAUCCAAACUCAUUUUGCACCCAAUGUAAACCCAAGAUAAACAAGUUGAAUAACGGUUUAAAUGAAAAUAAUACCAUGGAUGAUAAAAAAGACACUGAACUUUGUUCAUAUCAUACAAAGAUAUAGACAUUAGAAAAGAAAGAUGGCAUUUAAAGGUGUAGUGAGAAGAAAAAAAUCUUUCGUCACUGGACUGAUGAAGUCUAAGAAAUUGUGGAGAUCAAGAGAAUAGAGCUAUAACAAAUUGAAGAACAUAGGUUACAAUUAAAUUCGGGUGAAAUACAUCAGUUCUUUGUAAUAAAUAUCUAAAUGUAAUAAUAUACAUGGGACGACUUAAAAAAAAAUAAAGUGACAUAUUCAAACUUUAAAAUUAAAAGAAAAACAUACACAGCGUUCUUUUAUUUUAAAGGUUUAUAAGCAAUUUGGAUUAUCCAUGAGAAUUGAUGCUAUAUGCAAAAUAAUAAAACAUAUACUUUGUUUUCUUAUAAAAAGACAUUUUUACUCCUCAUUUUUUAUUUGGUUUUAUUUGGUUUUAUUUAGUUUUAAUAACUAAAUUCAAAUUUUUAUUAUCACAUCAAAUAGAUUUACAUUUAGAAUAUUUAUUUUUAUAUAAUUCAAUUUGACCAUAGCAUAAUAUAAAAACAUAAAAAUAUAAGAUAUGAAAAUUUAAGGAUGUUAAAACCGAAGAUACAAAACAUUCUGCAGCGUAGCGCGGGUAUCUAUCUAGUAGAAACUUAUAAAGACUAUACAUUUGGGUUUUAGUAUCAAAGUCCAGAGUCUUAGAUUUCAGAUAUUUCGGCUCGUUAGGCAAAAAGAUCUAAUUGCUCAAAAAUCUGCAUUUCCUAGUCCAUAGUCUUAGUAGACAAAAUUCGAUAAAGUGAGCGAACAAGUACUCAGUUAGAAAAUGUGUGGCUUCAUAACACCUAGGAUCAACGAAGCUUGAUACUUCGAGGAUGGGGCCAGAACAGGCUUAACCAGCUUAACCAGUUCAUAGGCUCUGAGGCAAUUUUUCAAAAUAUGCCCUUACAGUAUUGUUUAUUCCUAGCAAAAUUGUAUAGUUUAUCGAAAAUUGAAACCAAACGCUUAAAAUAUUAUCAUGCUCACAUAAGGGAUUAGAAAUUAUUAUGGUCCUAUUAAAAACAAUUAUCUCACAGAAAAUAAUUUUAUACCAUCAGAUUUCAAAUUUGUAUUAGCAUUUGUUUUCAAAAAUUUGCUAAAUAUUCAGAAUGAUACAAUCUAAUUGUCGAGUACUAGAAAGAAGUGACACGUAUUAAGAUAUAAAAUUUUGAUUCGUCUAAAAUAUAUAAACAUAGGACUUGAUUGGUUGGUGAUUUUAAAUUUUUUUGCUUUAGAAAUUAGGGUGUGUAUUUUUUAGCCGUAGCUUUAAUAUUUUCCUGGAAAAAUAUAUUUCUUUUUCUAAAAUCUUGGCUGUAUAUUUCUUGAGCCUUGCAUCGGAAAUACUUUCAACAUUUGUAAAAAUUCUUUGGCGAUAUAUUAAUACUUUUUCUUCAGCCUAUUUUAGCAUCCAUGCAGAAACUCCUAACUCAUUUUACUCUAACCAAAAGGAACCGUUUUUUUUUCUUUUGAAACCAAAAAGAACUACUAGUAUUGGUGCACCUAGAGCAUUCAAUGUAUAACCCAAUUUUAACUUCAAAAUGGAGUAAUUUUUUAAUGGAAUAAUUGCAUAAUGAAGUUGAGUUUUACUCUACCCUAUUGUAUUUUGGAAUGAGUAAUAGAGUAAUGAACAAAAAAUAAAAUCGUUAUUCUAUUUAUAAUUUUACUACAUAAUAGAGUAGAAAAUAGAAUAGCUUUGAAACAUUUUUUUUUAUACUUCAAAUACUACUUUAAAAUAGAAAAAUAGGAGUAGAGUUUAAAAUGCACUUAAACCAUCCAGAAGAGUUUCUAAAACUUUGUUUUGUCCCCCCUAGUGCUUUGUUCCUUCUAGACUUUCUAACAAAGCUGUAAUUUCAGUGUUUCUCUUUAGAAAUUGAACUGUAAAUUAUUGAUGCCCUCCUUUUUUUUGUCAGCUUGAUGACCUCCUUUAAUGGUCUUUUUCAUACAUUCAUUAAUUUAUAGUUAGGUUUUACUUAUUUUUAAAAGAAAUUCUAAAAGAAUAGUAUCAUAAUAUUUUAAAUUUUAAGAUUAACAAUAUAUAUAACACCAAAAAACAAAACUCUGAUUAGUUGUCUAGGUUUCAUAUAGACCGUAAUAUCUGAAGAAGAAAAAAAACUCAAACCCCUGAAAUUUUCUUUGUAGGAAAAAUGAAAACAGAUAAGACAGACUCUUUUCUGUUUGUAAAAAUGCAUUUUUUGUGUGUUAACACAUAUUAAAAAGAGCACAUUAAAGUUGAUUAUAAAUACAUCAUUUUCUAUGUUUCAUUAUUUUCCAUAACUUAAAUUAAUCGUAUUUGAUGUACAACUAAUAUUUCUAAAAUUUACAGUUUAUAAAAUUAACAAUCUAUAAUUUGAUUAUAAAAUUUACAAUUUAUCUUUACUAAUUAAUAGUCAAAAAUAUAAUUCGAAACCAAAAUUUUAUUUUUGAUUUUAAAGAAAAAUGAUUUAAACUCAAUGAUUUUAAAACUUUUAUGGCGGUUUUGUGAUAAACUUAAAUAUUGUAUGUAAUAAUAUUUUUUAUAACUCUAAUAUAGCUAAAUAAAUGACAAAGCAUAAAAAAAAAUUACAUAGAGCUGUGAGUUCUUUUCUUUUUUUUUGUUAAAAAAGCGAGUCGAGAAUUAUUCCACUAUUUUAGGCGAUAAGGAACAUAUUUUUUCUUUUCUUUUUGUGUGUAUAUAAUGAGCAUAUAUUGUGUAUUUUGUGGAAAGUGACUUACAAUGUAUUCAUAUUACAAAAAAAAACAAAGUUCAGUCGCUUUGUAAACCCAUAAAGCUUUCGUAGUUUUUUUCUAGUACAUCGUAAAUAUAUAAUUAUUUGUUUUUCUUUUCCUAACAUUUAAUAGUAGAUUGCAACACGUUUAUUUAAAAAUCAACAGUAACAUAUCUAUAUUGAAGUUUUAAUAUUUGUACCCAAAAAAUAUUUAUAUUGACAGGUGCGACUCCCUUUUUCCUUUUCCAGUACGGAAUCUUUUUUUUUCUCAUCAAAAAAGCUCACAAAAUACUAUAUAAAAAAGCUAUCAAACAACGUAGUACUAUAAUGUUUGAACUGUUUUCCCCGCUAUAAUGGUUGAUUAUGUCAUAUCUAAUAUGCAAUGGCAAUAAAAUCACCGAUUGACAUCAAAUCUUAAAGGGCCCCUUAAAUAAUGGAGUAAAGUCAAUGAUAAUAAAAUUAUAAGUCUAGUGCUUAAGAUGGUAAUUCGUCGACCAUUAGUAGACAAAGGUGCCUACAUAUUUUUGGAUAAAAAUGCCGAAAGUUUGUUUUUAAUAUUCUCUCUGGUAUAAGAUUCUCUUAUUCGGACCUCACUUUGACCUUAAAGUUGUACAUGAUUAUUUUCUUAAUAUAUUCCGAAGUUAUAGUCUAAUUUACAUGAAAGAAAAAUCUUAAUUUAAUGAAACGCAGCUCAUAAGUCAUAACAAGAGGCAGACCCACUCAGAGAGAUCAAGUGUCAAAUGAGCCUGGUUAAAUAUUUGCUUAUUAACACCCUGCAUCCAUGUUCGAAACUAUAUAUUCUGUUUCUUUCAUGAAUAUUCUUUUCUGGAAUUAUUUGUUAUUUUUUUUAAUUAUAUACUAUCCGGAUAAAAACAACUUUCGGAUCACUCCUAAUUAUAUUUGGAAAUAAUUUGAUAAGCAUAUUUAGAACUUAUAAACCACUUAACCACAAAUCAACAACUUAUAUACUAAGUAUUUUUUUUAAACAAUUGGACUAAAUUUAGACAUCAUACCGCCUCAUUAAUAUUAGAAUUUUGGACAAUUUCUAUUAUAGACUAACUUUCGCACAUCGAAAGUUGGAAUGGAUAUUAAGUAAUAUAUAAGGUAGAUGAGUCAAUCUAUUUAUCACCAGUUGGUUUUAACUUUUAAGUUAGAAGCACAUCUAGUUUAACAUGGUAUUAAAUCUCAAUUCAAACAGUCCAACCCGAUUCACUUUAAUCUGGUCCAAACUUGACCCAUCGAUUCUCACCCAAAUAUUCCGAAAUUAACGCUCAAAUAGUCAUCAUCUUGAGGAAGCUUAUUAGGUACAAAGGUCCACAUCGGAAGUUUGAAAGGAUAUUAAGUAAUAUAUAACGUAAUUAGGUCAAUCCACUUAUUACCAAUUAAUUUUAAGUUGAAAGUCCAUUUAGUUUAACAAUUUCUAAAGGUCGAAACUAUUAAUUUACAUGUUAAAUAUUAUUAUCAUAAUUAAUUAGAAAAUUAUGUGACAUUGUUUAUUUUAAUUCUAAUAUUAUGGUAUCUCAUAGUAAUUUCUAAGUUUAAACCUGAUAUUAUAUAUUAAUAAAAAUUCAAAACCUCUUAAAGGUUAAAUGUUGGAGUGGAUUUGGGACGGCUGCACUGAUCACCCUCACAGUAAGCCGGCACGAGAUGUUCCACAAGAUUGAACGGUAGUUAGAUAAGAAAUGUGCUUGCGAGUGAGAGGUGUUGAGACUAAAGUGGAAAAAAGUUAGGAGGGAUCAGGAUGACGGAAACAUCUUUGCAUGUUGGUAUAGUAAAAUCAAGAGCACAAAAUUUUGGGUGGGGAGUAUGGCUCUGAUUUUUCUUUAUGGACGUUAUCCCGCAAAAAAAAAAAAAAAUCUUAAAAAAGGAUUAUACGAUCUUGCUCAUCGUAAACAUAAAUUUUAUGUGAUUCGUCGUUAGAUUAUCAUGCGCGCAUAUAAACGUAAAUACUGGUACAAUACUCGCUCUCUCAUAAAGUAAUUCACAAACGUAAGAUAAUUUAUGAAUAGUUAGCAAAAAAGAAGUAGUUCAUUUAUGAAACGUCACUAGCUCUCGCACUUUCAAUAAAGCGGCCCUGCUCCUUCAAACUUUUUAUCGUUUUCUUUCCUUGUUUUCGUAGCUUCUGUUUCGUACCUCAAGAUUGGACGUGUACGCGGCAACCACUUAAUCAUAUAAAAGAUAUCUAAAUAUACAUAUAUGAUUGAUUCACUGCGGUAAAUAAAUCGUUUAAGGUUAUUAGCUGCGCUCGAAUUUAGGUUUUGCUUUACCAGUUAUCACGAAAAAGCUAGGUCGGGUUAUUUCUGCGCCGUCUUAUUUUAUAGAAGUUACAAAACCCAAAACCCUAAUGGAACAAAGAAAGUUAACAUAUGAUAAAGCGAGGUAAUAAUAAUUACCUUGUCUUUUACAAAAAAAAGUUAACAUAUGAUAUACAGCAUAAGAACAUUCACAACCGCAAUAUGUGUAAGUUAUUUAUUAGCAUUCAUUUGAUGUUGUGAAUUUGGAUGACAAACGAAAUGAACUUUAGACAAAAAAAAAAGCAUGCUUUUAUCACAUGGCUUGUUAUGAGAGAUAGAAUGAUGACGAGAGAUAAAUUGAUCACUUGGGGGAUUAAUUUUCCUCCUACUUGCCUGCUAUGUGGUGUAGGCAAUGAAUCAACUGCCCACAUUUUCUUUGAGUGUGAUUAUGCUUCCAUUGUCUUGAGCAGAUUGUUUGAAAGGAGUGGGUUGCAGAGUCCAACAAGACUUGAGGAGGUUGUGCGUUGGAUCAUUUCAUGUCAAGUGGAUGGAAAGUUUAAGACUGUUAUGAAACUUCUUUUUCAGGCUGCAAUUUAUUUUCUCUGGAAAGAAAGGAUCUCCAGGUUACAAUCAUCACUCUUGCGGCCAUCACAAUUAAUUGUGAGAGACGUUUUUCUCCAUCUACGUGCAAAGCUCUUCUCACUGGAUAAGGAAGAAAAAAAUUCUACAGCUCCUCCGUCAAUUACUUCAGGAACCAUUUCAAACCAUCUCUCAAAACCCACAUCUAUACCAUCUGGUCUAAUAGAGUGCAAGGAUAAAGUUCGGAUAGCAGAGUAAUUUCUUGAGCCAUGAUCUUGCUUCACAAAAGUUUCAGAAAAUACUCCACUUGCUGUAAUUUAUUUUUUAAGAAACCAAUGAUGUAAAAAAAUUCAAAUUUAUAAAUCAGAAUGGGUAUCCAAAAAAAAAAGCUUUAGACAAAAAAGAAAUGAAGAGAAUCGAAAUUGAGACAGAACUCUUUUAAGUCCUUUUAUUAACUUUGUGAAUACAACAAGAUAAGCCUUAAGAACUCUUUUACAUAAGCAUCCGGCCCGUGAAACUUUUCCUCUUGGCUUGAGAAGAAUCCCAUUACAGUUGGUAAACUACCUAUAACUUCAAAUUGGAAUAUGUAAUCAAAAUCGUUCAAAGCGUGAGAUGAAGUGUAUGUGUUCCGGCAUAGUGUUUGCAGUUAACAAUCCUAAUUUAUGAAAAAGCCGACACGUAUAUAUAUAUAUAUAUAUAUAUAUAUAUAUAUAUAACAAAUUUCCUAAUUUAUGAAAAAGUCGGCAUAUAUCUAUGUAUAUGCUGAUUGCAAGUGGAAAAAUGAGUUCUACAUAAUCUCUGAGGAAAACGUGAUCAGAAUUUUCUUUGGCAUUGAAAAUUCUUUGACUCUUCGUACAUUUUAAGACAGAGACUAUAUUAGGAGCAAAAAAAAGGAUUACUAGAUUUUCUAAAAUCUUAGCAAAUACGACACUUGAAAUGCACUCGGCUCACUAUCUCAUGGAAGAAUUGGGUAUCUCCUCCUCUUCAUAGCUAAUGAUCUGCUUGAUAAUGUCUGUUCUACCUCUUUUUUUUAAUCUCAAAUUAGUGUUUUACUGACGUCGUUGUGAUAUCCUUUAUGAUCUCCCUCUUAACCAGAAUGGUGCUUACGCAUAAAGAAACCCAAAACUAAGCAUAAAGAAGCAAAUUAAUUUAGUAAAUCAAGUAGUAAAAAAGAAAAAAAAAAGCGUAGUGAAGAAGAUGACAGAUUCGGAGUUGUGCCCGCAACUUGGCUGUGCAGUCUCUCGGAUUCGGAAUCCGCUGCUCAUGGUCGUACCAAGUUUGUUGGAUCCGCUUCGUAAUUGACCGUGUAAUUGCCCAUUUUUGGGGUUUCAAUUGGAAAAUCUUUUAAUUAUAAAAGAUUAUAAUGAACAAAUUAAAUAGAGAGAGUGAAAGGAACAGAACCAAAAUAUUGAACCCUCCAUCUAUAUGAUUAUAUCUUUUUAUUGGACGUAUUUAAUUAUUAAGCAAGUCAAGAAUAUUUGGACUUGAACUAGAAACUCUAAUAUGUUUUCCUACAAAUUAAUUAAUAAUCUGUUAGACUUAUUCUAUAAAUUGUCCCAUACAACAUAAAUUAUACUGCAUCGUCCUUCUAAUGUAUAAAAUUAAGAAAAUAAUUACAUGGAAAAGUUUUAAUUUUAUAAAAAGAAAUGGUUUAUAUGUAGGGGCCUUUCAUAGCAAAAACGGCCUUUCAAGAACUCGUAGGGAAAAGGGAAAUGACAUCUUGUGGUUCGAUUUGUAAGCAUUACAUGACAAGCCAAACUUCAUCUGACUAGAUCCCAACUUAGUGCAUAUAUGAUCAUGGCAGCUCACACUUAAACGGGAAAAAAAUCUUAAUUUAAUCACAAUGUGUCGAUAACCAGUGCAUCUAAUAUAGUUUUCUUAAGUUAUUUAUAAUACACAUUUAGAUUAGUAAGACAGGUCAACAUUCAUUAAGAAAUGGCUCAACUAUAUAUAAACCUAUAGAUGGAAGCCUCUAGGAUAUCACAUUUGACUAGCUCUAAGAAGGAUAAGUUUAAGCAGGAUUAAUCACAAUUAAUUGAAUAUGGCAAGUUUCAUCAAGUUAUGGGUUUGCCUUAUCUUGCUUCUACUCGAGCUCUCGGUGCAUCAAUGCCGGCCACUGGUUGGGGAAGAGAGGCCUUCAGAUUCGGGGAACAUAAGAAAGAUGAUGAGAGAACUUCUCAGAAGAUCAGAAGAGAUGAAGGUGAGAUCUAAAGGCGAGGAAACAGUCCUAGGCCAUACCCUUGAUUCAAAACGACUUAGCCCGGGUGGACCGGACCCUAGACAUCACUAAAACCGUGUGUAAUUGGUAUAUCCUUUUGGUGAGGUUUUCACGCUUGUAACGUCAAUAGAGGCUUUGCAUAAGGGUCUGUGGUGUGUACCUAAGGUUUUUUUUUUUUUUUUUGCUAAAUUGUAACCCUAAGGUUACCAUCUUAUUAACAUUGACAUCAAACUAUCUUGAAAUAGAAUGUUUGUGUGUUCAUCUAAACCAAGCCGUACUAGAUCAUUGUCCUUCUUUUAAUAUUAACCGGGUUUCUUUUGUGUGUACCAAAAACUAUGAGGACUGGAAUAUGAUAUAUCUCUCUUUUUUUUUUUGUCUUAACAGAUGGUUAGUUAAAAAUGACCACCAUGCACAAGUCCAUGGGUUUAAUUAUAUCAUUUCAGAAUCUAAUUUGGUUCCAACUUAUUACAGUUCAAAUAUAGUAUCAGAUUAUAACAAGCACAUAUUGAUUUCUACUGAUUGCAUUUUAAAAUUUAAACCAUUACAAAUUUUGAAGUCUCGGCAGUAAAAGCUACAUUUCUAAUUAAUUUAUGCUAUUCUAAUUAAAAAAUUUACUCCCUGCUGCUCUACUUAGGAUAUUUCGAAGAUAGUUUAAAACGAACAGGCAUUGCUAAUCACUCGUCAAACUAAAUAAAGGAAGACAUUAUUCAAUACUUUUUAGCGUGGAGUACGUACUCUCUAUUCAAUAACCCCACUACUAUCGUUGCAUAGAUGUAUCAGAUUAUAACAAGCACAUAUUGAUUUCUACUGAUUGCAUUUUAAAAUUUAAACCAUUACAACUUUUGAAGUCUCGGCAGUAAAAGCUACAUUUCUAAUUAAUUUAUGCUAUUCUAAUUAAAAAAAAUCACUCCCUGCUGCUCUACUUAGGAUAUUUCGAAGAUAUUUUAAAAUGAACAGGCUUUGCUAAUCACUCAUCAAAGUAAAGAAAGGAAGACAUUAUUCAAUACUUUUUAGCGUGGAGUACGUACUCUCUAUUCAAUAAUCCCACUACUAUCGUUGCAUAGAUGUAUGCCACGACAAAAAUCGUAAUCAGUCGAAAAUGGAUGCUACCACAUAUGUUAAUCUCAGAAAGUACACUUGCACGCAUGCAUCUCUCUCUCUAUAUUAUAUAUACACACACAUAUAUUACUAUGUAUAUCCUAAAACAAAGAAAAUUCUCGCACCAACUUGGCACAUUUUAGAAUUCAACCGUCGCUUGACUGAGAGCAACAUAUUUUAAAAUAUAUUUUAACUUAAACUGAUUUUCUAAUUUUUAAAAGAUUGAACUAUUAAUAGGUUUGGAGAUAAAACUUUAAAAAUAGAAAUACACUAAUUUAGUUGUUGUUUUGAAAUUUUAGAUGCAACUUUUAUUAAUGCAAAAAACAAGAGCUUGAUAUGUAUUUUAAGUGAGUAGAAAAUAAUUUUGUCCAUAAUUAUAUGUAUAUUAUCUAAUUUUGAGCAAUAAGCAUCAUUAAUAUAAAUAUUUUGAAUAAAAUGAGAGGAAUAAACUAGAAAUAUAUGGUUAAAUAUACUUAUAUUUGGUUAUCUUCGGAUAUCUAUUCGGGUUUGAAUAUUACCCGUUUGGAUUAUUAUCCGAACUAGUGAAAUAAGUAAUUUUUGUUGUUGUUCUAAUUAGAUAAUUUUUAGAGCGAGCUGGUGAAUAUAUACUAGACAUACAUUUAUAUUUUGAAUCUGCAAAUAUAUUCUAUAACAACUUGAUAUAUUAGAUUUGAACACUAACCUGUUAAUAUAGUUUUCAAAAUUUUGAUUCUUAGAUAUGUAUAUGGAGUGAAACUAAUUUUUACAGAUGUCUAUUUUUUUUAAUUGAUACUUAUGUAAUUUAUUGAAUUCAUAAAAAAAGUUAAAAAGAAAUUUAACUCAUAUCAACAAAACAAAGACGAGAACAAAAGCACAAUUCUAUAGAGGUGGAAAAUGAAAUCACUUAUGGAGAGUCAAUUGUAAACAAUUUGAGAGCAGAAUACCUAAUCCUCUUUCGUAAUUAUACAAUCGAUGUUCUCUAUCUGGUUUUGGUGAUUUGUGUCAGCCGCAAAACUUAAAUUUUUUGUGUGCACAUGAAGUAUUAAAAAUAAUUAAAAUGAGAUAUAAUACGUUAACUCUUCAACAACAACGAUGAUAUAUUUAAGAGACCAACAUUUGUAUUCGUUAUUUUAUAAUCGAUAAAGAUUAUAGUGUUGCAAAAUGUUAAAACAAUUUCAUAAUUAAACAUUAUUAUAAAAAUUGAUGCGCGGAUUAUCAUCUGGUUUUAUCGUAGUGCUCACACAGAAACACUACAUGGGAUAUUGAUUUUGACGAUCCAAUAUUUGUUUUGUUUAGAAUUAGAACCUUAAUAAUCUAGAUCUCAUCUCAAAUCUAAGAAACAUCUUACAUAAAUCCAUUCAACAAAAACAAUCCCAAUUUUUAUAUAUUAGUGUUUGGAAUUUUACGUAUCCGUAAAAGUUGUUUUCUAUCAUAUUUUGUCAAUAUGAGUGAUAUAGUUUUUUUCUAUGCAGCUAAGUUAUUUGGAUUGAUAGAAUGCCUAUUUUAAACAUUUUAAACAAAAAUAGAAAAUCAAUGUUGAAUUUUUUAUUGAUUUGUUUGCAAAAUUAUAUCUAUCAGAGCAUAUUGUUAAUUAUUUAAAUAUGUUUUUCAAGAAUCUGUUUUGGCUUUUUCGAUGUGAUCAUCUUGUCAACAUCGAUCUUUGAUAAACUUUACUAAAUAAAAUAAGUUUCAGACAAGGGAAAAAUAUAGAAAAAUAUGACAACAUAAAAUAAAAGUAUACGUUCCGUAAAAAAAUAUGAUUAAUUAUUGCUCAAUUUUAAUCUCAUUGGGUAACCCACAGGUGGUUUUUCGUAUUAGGUCAUCUCCUUUAACAUGCCCCCGAACACAAUAGAUUAAAAGAGAAAAGCAAACAACCUUUGCUGCGUACUAAUGCUUACCAACUCGAAUGCCAAUUUCAUUGUGUUUGAUUACUUUUUUCUUUUUCUUUUAUCUCUUGGUAUUUAAGAUUUGGUUAUUCAAAUUCUUAUCUGCCAAGGUGACGUAAUCAAAUCCAGUAUUGGUAGUGGAAAAAAUCAAGGGGAUAUGGUUGCUUUUCUUUUGAUCCGAAUUUUACUGAGGACUUUCUUUUACUUUUACGUAGCCUAGUAAAUGAGUUAUGAAUUUGGACUCUUCAUGUUGAUUGUUGAGUAACACCGUUGUAUGCUUCAUUGAGAGUUCGAAUCGGAACUCGUGAGAGCAUAUCAGACUUCACAGAGCCAUAUUAAGACUCAUCAAAUCGCUAAAGAAACUAAUGGAAUUUGUCAUUUUCACGUUCCUUCAUUACCUUAACCAUUUUAUUGGCGUGUUGAUAAUCGUCUAGUGAUGUUUUCAACCAAUUGUUUUUGGAAGUUUUCAACCAAUUAUUUUUGGCGACAUGCUAUGAGUGCUGUUUUUGGUCGUUGAACUUGCAAUUCAUUUAAAAUCAAGUAAUGAACAUGGCUGUCCUUUAAUAGAUCUAAAUAUUUUAAUAAAAGAGAGAUUUUGAAGUGAAAUCACUCGAAGUACCGCAUCAAAAUUUAGAAAAAUAAUAUUUAAUAUAAAAAGAAUGUCAAACUUUGAUUAGAAUGGUGUUUUUUGGAAAUGAAUCCAAGAACAAAUUCAUGCAGAUUAUACCAAUUUUACCUAAAGUGAACAAUAUCAUAUUAACCCGUAAAAACUAGAGCUGGGAUUACAAAAAUGACAUUAGAGCCGGGAUAACAAAAAUCUGCAGAAAGAACAAAAACACCCU